AUGGCAUUGCAGCGUGCUACGAUUCGGUUGGCCGCAGCGGUGGUGGUGGCGCUGCUCGCUCCACAACUUCCACUCGCCAGCGCGAUUUCUCCCCAAGGACCUGGGAAUGGCCUUGGUGUCACGCCUCAGAUGGGCUGGGAUAAUUGGAAUUCGAUAGCGUGCCAGGUUGAUGAAGAUGUCAUUCUUGACAAUGCGAAGAAGCUCGUGGACUUGGGUCUCCGCGACCUAGGCUACAAAUACGUGAUCCUCGAUGACUGCUGGUCUUCCGGCCGCUCCGACAAUGGCACUCUCCUCGCUAAUACCACUAAAUUCCCCUCCGGCAUGGCUGGCCUCGCGUCCCAGAUCCACGAUAUGGGCCUCAAAUGGGGCAUGUACAGCUCAGCCGGCAAAUACACGUGCGCUCAAUAUGCUGGCAGUCUGGGCUUUGAGAAACAGGACGCCCAGACGUUCGCGGACUGGGGUGUCGAUUACCUCAAGUAUGAUAAUUGUUAUAAUGAGGGGCAAGAGGGGACGUCGAAGCUUAGCUAUGAUCGGUACAAAGCUAUGAGUGACGCACUGAAUGCGACGGGCAGGCCAAUUUUCUACUCGAUGUGUAAUUGGGGGACAGACUACCCUUGGAAUUUCGCGAGCACGAUCGCGAAUUCAUGGAGGAUUGCGGGGGAUAUUUAUGAUUCGUUUGAUCGGCCUGAUCCUAGGUGUCCGUGCACGACGUGGGACUGUGCCCUGCCGGGUUUCCAUUGCAGUGUCAUGAAUAUUCUGAAUAAGGUGGCGAGUAUUGUGGAUAAAGGCCGGCCUGGAGGAUGGAAUGAUUUGGACGCGUUAGAGGGCCCUCGUCAAAUCCCCCUUAUAAUGGGCAAUGACCUCACCCUCAUGGAUGCCCCCUCCCUCUCCAUCCUCUCCAACCCCGCCAUCCUCGCCAUCUCCCAAGACAGUCUGGGCACGGCCGCCUUUCGCGUCUGGCAGAAACCAGCCUACUCCUCCCAAAACAACACGUAUUCCGCCGACCUCUACACAGCGGGGGAAACUUACUUCUGGACCGGCCGUCUCGCGGGCGGAGACCAGGUAAUCGCCUUCGUCAACGCUGGAGCUCAGCAGCAAAGCUUGUCCGCGACCAUCGACGAGGUUUUUGUGGACUACGUUACCACUGGAUCCAGUAAGCCGAGCGUGCAGACGGCAAAUACAUGGGACGUGUACGAUUUGUGGGCGAAUAGGAUGGACGACGCUACCGCGAAGACGAUCAUAGAUGGCGGGAUUCAGAGCUUGACUGCCCCUACCCCGAGUAAUGGGACUAAUACUACGACGGCGGCGGCGGCGGCGUAUACGCCGUUUAAUGUUACGGUGACGCCGUACGCGGACGCUGUUAAGAAGAAUGAUACGGCUGUGCUGGGGGUGAAGGUGGCGACGUUGAUGGCGGGUGGGAGUGUAAAGGCGGAUGUGCCGAGUCAUGGCGUAGCGGCGUUUAGGCUGAGGAGUCAGAAGAUGAUACCCGUGGCGGGGAAGAGGAAGAGGGAUGAGUUGUGA